GCCGCACUCCGCUCUCAACCUCCCACACUGUCUGACGGGGCUCUGUGAAUGUGUGUGUGUGCGUCUGUGGAUGUCUGUGAGAGAGUGUGUGUUGCAGAGUGUGUGUUUGUGUGUGUGUGAGGAGAUUUAAAGGGAGAAAAGACACUGCAGAGGAGGAGAGCGGUGGCUUCUUUUUCAGGGUUUUAGAGUCAGUGUGUUUCCUGACGGAGAGACAGUUCAGGGAAGUUGAUGAUGAUGAUGAUGAUGAUGAGGAUGAUGAUGGGCUUCCCUCAGCCUCCACGGGCUCAGGUGAGCCCCGGGCUCCAGAUCGAGUGCUAGCCAUGUUGCGACAGUCCGAACCGACCUCCAGCACCCUGCAGCUGGUUGCCAAUGAUAUGACGGACAUCAUGGAGAAGCUGGACACGCGCGAGCUCGACCUGGAAGACGGAGAGUACGACACAAACGAUGCCUACGACGCAGCCGAGCAUUUGCCUUUCACGGCGAUCUACCACACGCUGGGUUUCAAGGAGCCCGAGGCCAAAGUGUUCCUGUCCUCUCCCAUCACGGCCAAGAUCCUGGAGGUGGAGCGCUUCACCAAGAAUCAGGACCGCUUCAACGUCACGACGCAGAGGAGUGUCAACAAGUCGUUGCCGGCGGUGUUUAAGAUCGAGUUGAAACACGGCGAGUUCACAUGGCUGGUGAAGAGGAAGGAGAAACACUUCAUGGAUCUCCACAGAGAGCUGAGGACGUACAAGACCUUCAUGAGGCUGCCGCUGCCGUCACGCAGUCACACGGUGAAGAGGCAGACGGCGACGAGGAGCGAGAUGAUACCGAACCUCCCCAGAGGAGGAAGGGAGGAGCUGGGCAGAGAGGAGCAGGUUUCCAGUCGCAGGAAACAACUGGAAGAUUACUUGAACAAGCUGCUAAAGAUGCCGAUGUACAGGAACUACCACGCGACGAUGGAGUUCAUCGAUGUUAGCCAGCUGUCCUUUAUCCACGAUCUGGGACCAAAAGGCUUAGAAGGAAUGGUCCUGAAGAGAUCCGGCGGCCAUCGGAUUCCCGGGUUGAACUGCUGUGGUCGCAGCAAAAUAUGCUACCGCUGGUCCAAACGCUGGCUGGUGGUGAAGGACUCGUUCCUGCUGUACAUGAAGCCCGACUCGGGCGCCAUCUCCUUCGUGAUGCUGUUCGACAAAGAGUUCAGCAUCAAGAUGGACUCCAGUGAAACGGAGACCAAACACGGCGUUCGCAUCGAUAGUGUGUCCCGAUCCCUGGUGCUGAAGUGCAGCAGCUACAGACACGCCCGCUGGUGGGGUCAGUCCAUCGAGCACUUUGUCCAGAAGCACGGCUCAGCCUUCCUCACCGACCACCGCUUCGGAUCCUUUGCCAGAGAGGAAGUGAACAUCCUCGCCAAAUGGUAUGUGAAUGGGAAAUCCUACAUGGAGGACGUAGCCGAUGCUCUUGAAGAAGCCAAAGAGGAAAUAUUCAUCACAGAUUGGUGGCUGAGUCCAGAGAUCUUCCUGAAGAGGCCGGUUGUUGAAGGCAACCGCUGGCGUCUGGACUGCAUACUGAAACGCAAAGCGCAACAAGGAGUGCGGAUUUUUGUGAUGCUGUACAAGGAGGUGGAGUUAGCGCUGGGCAUCAACUCGGGAUACAGCAAGAGGACGCUGCUGAAGCUUCACCCCAACAUCAAGGUGAUGCGUCACCCAAACCACGUCUCCUCCGCCGUCUACCUGUGGGCGCAUCACGAGAAGAUCAUCAUCAUCGACCAAUCGGUGGCCUUCGUUGGAGGGAUUGACCUGGCGUACGGUCGCUGGGACGACAGGGAACACCGGCUGACGGACAUUGGGAGUGUUACACGCUCACUGUUGGAACAGGCUGAAGCGACCUCUUCCAACAUGGCUGCCCCUGCCAACGUGGCUGCCCCCGCCAACGGCAGCGGUGGCGUUUCCUCAAGAAACGGGAACGGCAUUUUCACCGUGAUGGACUCGGUGGACCAGCCCAGGCUAAAAGGUGUGGGGAGGACGAGGAAGAGCAGGUUCAGCAUCAGGAGACACCUGCAGAAACACGGGCUUGCCCACGCUGACAGCGACAGCGACCUGGAGAGCGAACAGAGAAGCGGCUCGGUGCGCAGUCUACAGACGGGGGUCGGGGAGUUGUUUGGAAACACGCGGUUCUGGCACGGAAAAGACUACUGCAACUUUGUGUUCAAGGAUUGGAUUCAGCUGGACAAACCGUUCGAUGACUUCAUAGACAGACACACAACUCCCAGAAUGCCUUGGCACGACAUCGCCUCGGUGGUUCAUGGGAAAGCAGCUCGAGAUGUGGCCAGACACUUCAUCCAGCGCUGGAACUUCACUAAGCUCGUGAAGGCGAAGUACAGUUCUUUGUCGUACCCGUAUCUGCUGCCCAAGUCUCACACCACGGCUGGAGAGCAGCGAUACCUAGUCCCCAACUGCAUCCCCACCAAAGUGCAGAUCCUUCGCUCGGCCUGUGACUGGUCCGCUGGCAUCAAAUACCACGAGGAGUCUAUCCACAACGCCUACGUCCACACCAUCCAGAACAGCCAACACUUCAUCUACAUAGAGAAUCAGUUCUUCAUCAGCUGUGCAGACAACAAAACCGUUUUCAACAAGAUAGGAGAUGCUAUUGCAGAGCGCAUCAUCAGAGCACAUAGGGAGGGUAAAAGGUACAGAGUGUACGUGGUGACGCCUCUGCUGCCGGGCUUCGAGGGAGACAUCAACACCGGAGGGGGCAGCGCCCUCCAGGCCAUCAUGCACUUCAACUACAGGACCAUGAACAGAGGAGAGCACUCUAUCAUCUCCCAGCUCAAAAAAGAGAUGGACGACCAGUGGAUCAACUUCAUCUCCUUCGCCGGUCUGAGGACUCACGCCGAGCUGGAGGGGAAGCUGGUCACCGAGCUCAUCUACGUCCACAGCAAGAUGCUCAUCGCCGACGACAACACCGUCAUCAUCGGUUCUGCCAACAUCAACGACCGGAGCAUGCUGGGAAAGAGAGACAGCGAGGUGGCCGUGAUCGUGGAGGACUCGGAGACGGUUACCGCGGUAAUGGACGGCCAGGAGUACCAAGCUGGAAAAUACGCUCUGCAGCUUCGCCUCGAGUGCUUCAAGAUGAUUUUGGGCGCUUACACCGAUCCCUCCAUCGACGUGUCGGAUCCCGUCAGUGACCAGUUCUACAAGGAGGUCUGGAUGGCCACCUGCGCUCGCAACGCCUCCAUUUACCAGAAGGUUUUCCGUGUUCUUCCGUCCAGCGACGUGCGAAACAUCCUGGAGCUAGAGGGCUACCUGGCCAAGCCGGGCCUGGACCGGGAGGACCCGGCCAAGGCUCAGGAAGAACUGAAGAAGAUCCGCGGCUUCGCGGUCCAGUUCCCUCUCGGGUUCCUGUGCGAGCAGAACCUGCUCCCCCCCAUCGGCUCCAAGGAGGCUAUGGUGCCCAUGGAGACCUGGACCUGAGACGAAGAGACCCACCUGUGUGUUCAUGUGUUCAUGUGUUCACGCGCAGCUUAUGGAAGACUGACAGGCUGAUCAUGUCCACUCUGGUGCCAGUUUGGAGGUCAUAUUGGCUGAAAACAUCUGAGCAGCCUUUUUUUUUGAAAACCUGCCACUGUUUCAAGGUUUUUAUUUAUUUACUCCUUUAAAAGUUUUUUUUUGGUUACAAAACCGACUAACAACAGUUUGUUAGCGAGCCUCCCAGGCAAGGGGUUUUCUGAAGCCCUGUACUACGGUGGUUCCCAACCCCUGGUCUGCGGACUGACACUGGCCCGUUGAACAUUUGCUGCUCAAAUGGGAUUUGAAAGCUGAAGAAAAAAGCUGAAUGAUAAUUCUUUUCGUUUGUGCAGUAAAUACCUUGAUCUUGGCGCAGUCCGGCCGUGCAUCUUCCCACAGAAACAUUAUUCGUCUGAACUACCUUUAGAGUUUAAAGGACCGUAUAACGUUUGGUUAUAAGAUGCAAACGUCUGACCUACUUAUGCCGAAUUGCCUCUGCAUGGUUUCGGCUCGACUCACUUUUGGUACCGGUAGUUUUUCUCUAUUUCGUGUAGUUUUCUCUAUUCCCCCCAGAGUAGGCGACAUUCUUUUCUUUUUUUUAAUUUUUGGAAAGCAGAGAUGUGAAAGGGGGGAGAGAGGGGGGGAGACAUGCAG